AUGGCGGCAGAAGUAUACCCGUCAAUUGCGCAGUGCGCACUGGUAGCUGCAGCCUUCAAGAUCCUCUUGUUCCCGGCAUACAAAUCGACCGACUUUGAAGUCCACCGAAACUGGCUGGCCAUCACCCACAGUCUGCCAAUAUGGGACUGGUACUACGAGAAAGCAACGUCGGAAUGGACGCUCGACUACCCGCCCUUCUUUGCCUACUUUGAAUGGAUCAUGUCCCAGGUGGCUGCCCUCGCCGACCCGUUGAUGCUGCACGUCUACAACCUUAACUACGACAGCUGGCAGACGGUGUACUUCCAGCGCUCGUCAGUCAUCGUGACCGAGCUCUUCUUAGUCUUUGCCCUGCAGAAGUACGUCGACUCGUGCCAUGGACCUGCCGCGAAGCGAGCUGCCCAGGCUGCGGCCAUCUCGAUCCUGCUUUCGCCCGGCCUUUUGAUCAUCGACCACAUCCACUUCCAGUACAAUGGCUUUCUCUAUGGCGUUCUAAUCUACUCGCUCGUCCUCGCCAAGAAGAAAACCACACUGCUCGGCAGCGGCCUCGUCUUCGCCUCGCUGCUCUGCCUGAAGCACAUAUAUGCCUACCUGGCGCCUGCAUACAUCGUCUUUCUGCUGCGCACCUACUGUUUGUCGCCCAAGUCAAUCUUUCGGAUUCAGUGGCUCAACUGCGUCAAGCUCGGAAGCGGCAUUUCCGCUAUUGUCGGCGUCGCAUUUGGGCCGUUUGCCCUUCGCGAACAGAUUCCGCAGAUUCUCGGCCGGUUGUUUCCGUUUGCGCGCGGUCUUUGCCACGCGUACUGGGCACCCAACGUCUGGGCCAUCUACUCCUUCGCCGACCGGCUCUUAAUUCCCCUCGCUCCACGCUUGGGCUGGGAGUUGAGAGCAGACGCGCUCAACAGCGUGACUCGGGGUCUGGUGGGCGACACAACCUUUGCGGUGCUGCCAGACGUCAGCCCGCGGAUGUGCUUCAUCCUCACGGUGCUCUUCCAGGUCAUGCCGCUGCUGAAACUCUUCUUGCAGCCGACCUGGGACAACUUUGUCGGAGCGUUGACGCUGUGCGGGUAUGCGUCCUUCCUCUUUGGCUGGCACGUGCAUGAGAAGGCGAUUCUUCUGGUCAUCAUACCAUUCAGUCUUCUGGCGCUUAAGGACCGGCGCUAUCUCAGUGCGUUCCGACCGCUGGCCGUAGCGGGACACGUGGCUCUCUUUCCGCUGCUCUUCACGCCAGCUGAGUUUCCGAUCAAGACGGUCUACACCAUCUUCUGGCUGGUGGCGUUCCUGCUCAUCUUUGACAGCCUGGCGCAGGCCUCGCGGCAGCCGCGCUUCUUCCUCUUUGACCGGUUCAGCACGCUCUACAUUGCGAUCAGCAUCCCACUGAUUCUGUACUGCUCGUUGCUGCACAAGCUGGUGUUUGGGGGGCAAUACGAGUUCCUGCCGCUGAUGUUUACAAGCUCCUACUGUGCCAUCGGCGUUGUCGGCAGCUGGGUCGGCUUUGUAGUAGUGUAUUUCACCUCAUAA